AUGGCGGACGGCCAUGGACGGGCCGUUGAGCAUAGCGACCAAACAUGGUUUUUUGAGCAUAAACGGUAUGGACGAGCUAGACGCAUACACACACGACGACCGCGAGACGCGGACGUCCGAGCUCGAAUACCGAGAGCCGGUAACGGUCUACCAGUGUUGCCAAAAUUGCGGCUGCCGGCGCGCAGCGCCCAGGAACAUGGUUACUGCGGCGGUCGGUCGAGCGUGACCACCGACGACGGCAAUUCUGUUAUCAAACGGAGCGAACAUACUCCCCCUUGCAAGUUCCAGCUAACUUGGAAUAAGAAGUUCGAUCUGUUCUGA